AUGAAAGUUGAUUUAAGGGAAUAAUGCUUUGAGGAUAUUAGAAUUAGAAAUACUGUCUUAUUUGGAGCAAAUUUGGUAAGAUGCAACUUAAGUGGAUCAGAAUUUGACAAUGUCAUUAUUAGUGGAAUGAAUUUGAAUGGAGCCAAAUUGUUUAAUUGUAAAUGGAGGAACAUAUAAAUAAAUGAGUUAAAUUAAUUAAAUGGUCAUACUAAAUAGAUCAAUUAAGUUUGCUUUUCUCCAGAUGGUAACUUAUUAGCUUCUUGUAGUGAGGAUAAAUCCAUUCGUAUAUGUGAUGUAAGAACAGGAAAAAUAAAAUCUAUAAUUUUAGGAGAGGGGAAGGUAAAAUCAGUAUGCUUCUCACAUAAUAGUACUACAUUAGCUUUUAUAAGCAGAAAACAUGUGUAUUUAAGGAAUCUUAAAACAGGAAAAUAAAUAUCUAAAUUAUUUGUUCAUAAUUAUGAUGUUGAUUCAGUCUGUUUCUCUCCUGAUGGUGCUACAUUAGCAUCUGGCUCUAUCUUUCUAUGGGAUGUUAAGACAGGAUAAUAAAAAGCCAAAUUAAAUGGUCAUUCAUCAACUGUGUGUUCAAUCUGUUUUUCUCCUGAUGGAACUACAUUAGCAUCUGGUGGCGGAGGUUGUUUUGACGGUGGAGAUUGUUCUAUCCAUUUGUGGGAUGUUAAGAAAGGAUAAUUAAAAGCCAAAUUAGAUGGCCAUUCAUAAACUGUUCAAUCAGUCUGUUUUUCUCCUAAUGGUGCUACAUUAGCCUCUGGUAGUGGUAGUCAUUUAUCCGGUAGUUUUAUUGGUGGAGAAGAUUGUUCUGUCCGUUUGUGGGAUGUUAAGACAGGAUAAUAAAAAGCAAAAUUAAAUUGUCCUUAAUAAAUUGUUCGAUCAGUCUGUUUCUCUCCUGAUGGUACUACAUUAGCAUCUGGAGGGGGUAGUCGUUUUAGUUUUGGCGGUGGAGAUUCUGUCUGUUUGUGGGAUGUUUAGACAGGAUAAUAAAAAGCCAAAUUAGAUGGUCAUUCACAUUAUAUCAUGUCAGUUUGUUUCUCUCCUAAUGGUACUAUAUUAGCAUAUGGUGGAAGAAGUCUUGAUACUGAUGGAGAUUGUUUGGUCUGUUUGAGGGAUGUUAAGACAGAAUAAUCCAAAUUAGACGGUCAUUCAUCAACUGUUUAUUAAAUCUGUUUCUCUCCUGAUGGUACUACAUUAGCAUCUGGUAGUGAAGAUAAGUCAAUCCGUCUAUGGGAUGUUAAGACAGGAUAAUAAAAAGCCAAAUUAAAUGGUCAUUCAUCAGAUAUGUAUUUAAUCUGUUUCUCUCCUGAUGGUACUACAUUAGCCUCUUGUAAUUCAGGUAACUCUAUCAGUUUAUGGGAUGUUAAGACCGGAUAAUAAAAAGCCAAAUUAGAUGGUGAUACACAUUAUAUUAUAUCUGUUUGUUUAUCUCCUGAUGGUACUACAUUAGCAUCUGGUAGUAAAGAUAGGUCUAUCCGUUUAUGGGAUGUAAAGACAGGAUAAUAAAAAGCCAAAUUAAAUGGUCAUUCAAAUGGAAUUCUAUCUAUUGAAUUCUCUCCUGAUGGAGUUAUAUUAGCAUCUAGUGGUGGAAGUCUUAUUGGUGGUGGAAGUAGUUUAGCUAGUGGUGAUUUUUCUGUCAGUUUAUGGGAUGUUAAGACAGGAUAAUAAAAAACCAAAUUAGAAGGUCAUUCACAUUAUGUUAUGUCGGUUUGUUUCUCUCCUGAUGGUACUACAUUAGCAUCUGGUAGUAAAGAUAGGUCUAUCCGUUUAUGGGAUGUUAAGACAGGAUAAUAAAAAGCCAAAUUAGAUGGUCAUUAAAAUGAAGUUAAUUCAGUCUGUUUCUCUCCUGAUGGAACUACAUUAACAUCUAGUAGUGGAGAUGAGUCGAUCCGUUUAUGGGAUGUUACAACGGGAAAAUAAAAACUCAAAUUAGAUGGUCAGUUGAGUGCUUUUCGAUCAUAUUGUUUCUCUCCUGAUGGUGCUACAUUAGCAUCUGGUAGUUCAGACUAUUCUAUCCGUUUAUGGGAUGUUAAGACAGGAUAAUAAAAAACCAAAUUAAAUGGUCAUUCAUCAACCGUUUGUUCAAUCUGUUUUUCUCCUGAUGGAACUACAUUAGCAUCUGGUAGUGAUGAUAGCUCUAUUCGCUUAUGGGAUGUUAGGAUAGGAUAACAAAUCUUAUCUUCAGAUUAUAGUAAUAAAAAUAUUAAAGCUUAAUUUUCCCCAUCAAUAAUUACAAAUAAUGGUCUUACAUAAAGUGGUAUUUAUUUUUCACUAUUCUUUAGCAUCCUCUAAUAUUACAAUAUUAUUAAUUUCCUAAAUUCCCUAUUUAGAAGCUUAAGGAGCUUUAAUCUUGAAAGGAGAAUUUGUAAGUUAUUAAGGUAUAGAUCUAAAGUCAUUACUAAAAUCUAAAGGAAGUUGCAUUAUAGAAAACUAAAUUGUAUCACAAAAGCAAUAAAUUUGA